UAGGCGCCAUGACCGCUUCAGGGCUCGUGCGCUUGCUUGGCUUCACCACGGCCACUAUAUGGAAAGCAGCAAGUAAUGCGCUGGCCCCAGGGCCACGGUCGCGGGGCGGGAUCGCAAAGACUUAGGCAUUCCUGCAGAGGAAGCUGUGUCUCCACGUGCUCGAGGGACUGCCGAGCUUCUCUUUUCCACUCGGCCACCCCCUCCCUGCACUGCCCAGUGUCUCGGGUGAGACUAGAGCUGGCAGUCCGAUGGCACUGGAAUCACCCCUUCCAUGUCAGUCUUUGAGGAAAAUGAGUUCUUCUCAAGAAGGGAAGUCUGAAUCUGUCAAACAGCCGCUUAGGAAGCCAAAGUUACCAGUAGGUCGUUUUGAUGCACCAGAAGAUUCCCAUUUAGAGGAAGAACCCCUGAAAAAAUUUCCAGAUGAUGUUAAUCCAGUUACCAAAGAAAAAGGUGGACCUAGGGGCCCAGAACCUACCCGAUAUGGAGAUUGGGAACGAAAAGGACGUUGUAUUGAUUUUUAAGUCACAUAUCUUUAACUUCCAUAUCAUUUUCUGAAUAUGUACAUCUGAAUUACUUAUUUCAGAUUAUUUUCUUUAAACCAUCUGAUUU